UCCGGGGUCGAGUUCAGAGCUAGUCGAGACACUACACUACACGAGAGUGAAGUGGGAGUGGCCAGUGCCAGUCGGCUCUGCUACAGCAGCCACUAAUGGCUCGCGUCGCCGGCCUUUGUGAGCUGCUUCUCCUCCUGCUCCUCGCCACGGCCACGGCAUCGGCCGCCACACCUCUUGGCCGGAAGGGCGGCCACGAAGCCGACGACGACGGCGAGCUCGAGUUGGCAGCGAAGAAUGAGAACGACGGCGUCGUCGCAGCUGCUGGCAGCAGGACGUCGGCCGGGAGGUACGCGGUGAUCUUCGACGCUGGAAGCACGGGGAGCCGGGUGCACGUCUUCAAGUUCGACAAGAAGCUCCACCUCGUCCAGAUCGGCGAUGACAUCGAGUUCUUCGCCAAGGUAAAGCCUGGGCUAAGCUCAUAUGCUGGUCGACCUCAAGAGGCUGCAAGCUCCCUACUCCCUCUUCUUGAGCAAGCUGAUAAGAUUGUCCCUCGCCGGCUUCAGAAAAAUACCCCGCUUAAACUUGGGGCAACUGCUGGUUUGAGAUUAAUUGGAGAUGAGAAGGCAGAAGAGAUUCUUGAAGCGGUCAGAGAUCUUGUCCACAUCAAGAGCAAAUUUCAGUACAACCCCAAAUAUAUCAGUGUUCUUGAGGGAUCCCAAGAAGGGUCUUACCUAUGGGUUGCUUUGAAUUAUCUAUUAGGUAAGUUGGGCGGGGACUACUCGAAAACAGUUGGUGUAAUUGAUAUGGGGGGUGGAUCAGUGCAAAUGGCCUAUGCCAUUUCCACAGAUGCUGCCGCAAAUGCCCCAGCUGUGCCUGAUGGGAAGGAUCCAUACAUUACAAAGGAGUACCUCAAGGGGAAAGAUUAUAACCUUUAUGUUCACAGUUACUUGUACUAUGGCGCUUUAGCCGCUCGUGUGGAGAUCCUAAAGGCAAAGAAUGGGCCAUUUAGCCAUUGUAUUUUGCGUGGAUUCAGUGGUAAAUACACCUACAACGGGAAGGAAUAUGAUGCAACAGCCUCACCUGAAGGCGCGGUGUAUGACAAGUGCAGGGAAGAGAUAAUCAAGGCACUUAAGUUGAAUGCACCAUGUGAAAGCAAGAAUUGUACCUUUAACGGCGUGUGGAAUGGAGGUGGUGGAGCUGGCCAAGACAACCUCUAUGUUGCAUCUUUUUUCUUUGACAAAGCUACCCAGUUUGGCUUCAUUGAUAGCAAGGCACCCAGUGCAAAGUCCACCCCUGAGGCGUUCAAAGGUGCUGCAGACAAGGUUUGCUCACUGAGCGCCCAAGAAGCCAAAGUUAUGUACCCUAAUGUCCUUGAUGUGCCAUACAUAUGCAUGGAUCUCAUCUACCAAUACACAUUGCUUGUAGAUGGCUUUGGUUUGGCUCCUACGAAGGAGAUUACAUUGGUGGCUAGGGUGAAGUAUGGAGAGUACUACAUUGAGGCAGCAUGGCCUUUGGGUACUGCUAUUGAAGCUAUUGCACCCAAAAAGAUGAGACAAGAUGCAUGAUUGGGGUCUUUUAGGGUCCUUAGUCCUCCCUAGCUAGGGAUUUUGUUUUCCCCGACAUUGUGGCAUCUUUGUUGAUUCAUGGAUUUUGCAUUGAUCCUAUGUAAUAACCGAUCUCUUAUGAGAAGCCACUUUGUAGUGAUGAUCCAUGUUUCUAGCUCAAGAGAAGAAACUUUACCAAAGUUAGUUUGUGAAGAAUGCGGAUGAGGAUUAGAUGAAUAGCAAUUAGGGAUAAAUUGUGGACCAAUUAGUCACCUCACAUAAUAAUGGAUCCUUUCAGAAGAUCGACCGAGGGUCAUGGGUCAUCUCGUUUGAUGCUCCACCAUUUCCACUAUUCAUUCAAGAUAUUUCUUA